AUGUCCACAUGUGUCCCUCUUUACCCACCCCGCCCGAAGCCAUCACUCUUUCUUCUCUGUCUCUCAUUCUCUGUCUCUCUUUCUGUUUCUGUUUCUCUAUCUCUUUCUGUAUUUCUGUAUCUCUUUCUUUUUCUCUGUCUCUCUUUCUCUCUAACGCUUUCUCUCUGCCUCUCCCUUUAUUUCUCUCUCUGUCUUUCUCUGUGUCUGUGUGUGUAUGUCCCCCCCCCUCUCUCUCUCUCUCUCUCUCUCUCUCUCUCUCUCUCUCUCUCUCUCUCUCUCUGUGUCUCCGUGUCUUUCUCUUUGUGCGUGUAUUGCUUUUUCUCUCUCUUUUUAUCCUCUCUCUCUCUGCUUUUUUCUCUCUAUGUGUUUGCCUCUCUCCGUCUUUCUCUCACUCUGUCCUUCUUCCUCUUUCUCUUUCUCUUUUUUCUUUCUUUCUAUCUGUCUCUCUCUCUCUCUCUCUCUUUGUAUCUUUCUUUCUCUCUCUCUCUCUCUGUGUCUCUCUGUCUUUCUCUGUGUUAUUCUCUCUCUGUUUUUCUCUCACUCUAUGUUUCUCUGUCUAUGUCUUUCUCUUUCUCUGUCAUUCUAUCUUUCUCUGUCAUUCUAUCUCUGUCAUGCAUUCUUUCUCUCUCUCCUAUGUCAUUCGCUCUCUGUCUUUCUGUCUCUCACUCUUUCUUCACCUGCCCUCAAGAUCCAAACCUUAUCUCUUCCAGCACCUCCCUUCUCAUUAUCAGCUGUCCAACUUCCUCAACAUAUUAUCCUUAUUCAAAGCUGCCCACUUCCUCCAAAUCCUACCUUUAUUCUCCGUUGCCCACUUCCUCCAAAUCCUACUCUUAUUCUCAGCUGCCCUCUUCCAUCACCCCCAUUCUCAUUCUCAGUUUCGUAACUUCCUUCACAUCCUCCAACUUCGUCUGCAUCUUCCAACCUAAUCCUCAGCUGCCCUCUUCUUCCACUUCCUACUCUUUUUCUCAGCUGCCCUCUUCCUCCAUAUUGUACCUCCAUUCUCACCUGCCCAACUUCCUCCACAUCCUCCAAUUUAUCCUCAGUGGCCGUCAUCCUUCAAAUCCUAUCUUUAUUCUUAGCUACCCAUUUUUUUUCUACACAUCCUCAUCACAUUCUCAGUUGCUCUCUUUCACUACAUUCCUUUUAUUUUCAUUUUCUCUCCUCCUCUUAUAUUUUCAGUUGUCGCCUUCUACGAAUGGUAGAAUUUUUCUGCAUUUUUUUCAUGGUCCAUUCUUCGGUAGUCUUAAUCUCCUGUUCACCCAUUCUUCAUUUUCAAAUGAUUCCGUUUGCAACAACCCAUUCGUGUUACUGCCAUGGCGGUUUUUUUUCCUUCAAAUUCUUUCCAUUCUGCUGGGCGAUCUAGUGAUUACAGUUGUAUCUCUCAAUUAG